AUGCUCUCCGGAAUCCUGAUCUUCAACCAAAAGGGCGAAAACCUCAUUUUCCGCUCGUUCCGCAACGACUGUCGCUCCCGUCUGGCUGACGUAUUCCGUAUCCAGGUCAUCUCCAACGCCCGGGUGCGCUCGCCCAUCCUAACGCUGGGUUCGACGACGUUCAGCCAUGUCAAGCACGAGAAUAUAUAUCUGGUUGCGGUGACCAAGAGCAAUGCGAAUGCGGCGCUGGUGUUUGAGUUUUUGUACAAGUUUAUAUUGCUGGGGAAGGGCUACUUUGGGAAGCUCGAUGAAGAGGCCGUGAAGAAUAAUUUUGUGUUGGUUUACGAGUUGUUGGACGAGAUUCUUGACUUUGGAUACCCCCAAAACACCGAAACGGAUACCCUUAAAAUGUACAUCACAACAGAGGGCAUCAAGUCUGCAAUUGCCAACUCGCCGUCAGAUUCCAGCAAGAUUACCAUGCAAGCUACGGGAGCCCUCUCAUGGCGUCGAUCGGAUAUCAAAUAUAGGAAGAACGAAGCAUUUGUCGACGUAAUCGAGGACGUCAACCUCCUCAUGUCUGCCACCGGCACCGUCCUCCGCGCCGACGUAAACGGUCAGAUCAUCAUGCGAGCAUACCUAACCGGCAUGCCAGAGUGCAAAUUCGGCCUGAACGACCGAUUACUCCUCGAUAAUGAUGCCUCCGGCGGCGGGCGAUCCGACGGCAGAACCAGAGCAACGCGUGCUGCGGCCGGCAGCGUUACUCUGGAGGACUGCCAGUUCCACCAUUGCGUGAAGCUUGGCCGGUUCGAUGCGGAUCGGAUUAUUUCCUUCGUCCCGCCCGAUGGAGAAUUUGAGCUUAUGCGAUACCGUGCGACGGAUAAUGUGAAUUUACCCUUCAAGGUCCAUCCUAUCGUGAGGGAGAUCGGCACUACAAAGGUUGAAUACAGCAUUGCCAUAAAGGCCAACUACGGCUCGAAACUGUUCGCUACGAAUGUCAUCGUGAGAAUCCCGACGCCCCUCAACACGGCCAAGAUUACGGAGCGGACGAGCCAGGGACGUGCAAAGUACGAGCCGGAGCACAAUAAUAUCGUGUGGAAAAUUGCGCGGUUCUCGGGACAGAGAGAAUAUGUGCUGACGGCUGAGGCGACGCUGACGAGUAUGACGCAGCAGAAGGCGUGGAGUCGGCCGCCGCUCAGUAUUGGCUUUAGUCUGCUGAUGUUUACGAGCAGUGGGUUGUUGGUGAGGUAUCUGAAGGUGUUUGAGAAGAGUAACUACACCAGUGUGAAGUGGGUGAGGUAUAUGACGAGGGCGGGGAGUUAUGAAAUUCGGUGA